UACGACUUCGUUAAUGAAAUUUCACUUUCAUUCAUAUUGACAGCUUCGAACAUCAUAGAUCACGGAUGGCAGUGAGUCAAAUAUUUGGUAAUUUAUUUAUAACCCAACGGUCGCGGUUCUUGGCCACGCUUGUCCGGUUCCCAAACUACCGUCUAGAUGAGGUAACUUUUUUCUGAUGUUUCUCUUUGAAGAGGUAAAAAUACGACACUACGACGGUCGGUGACGACGCCGCUUUUGUGACGUAAUCGUCGUCGAAAACCAGUGAUUUGUGAAUGAAACGUAGAGCACCACCGCGAAACAGAGCACAAAUUAGUUAGUUAGGCGCAGUGCAAACUGAAUUAAGAAUGUCGGUCAAGGCAGGAAUGGAAUUUUAGUAUGUGUGCGUAUUUCUAUUUUGAUGACGACGACGCCUUUGGCUUGGAGUGCAAGUGGAUCGACGUACCAAGAGCAGCUUCAGUAGUUUGCAUUUGCUGAUGGUCGGUUGCAAAAAUGGCUAAAUAACAACUAUUAAUAGCAGUGCAGUCGGAUUCGGAUUAACUUCAUUGCCGUCAAGUGAGAAAUAGUGUACUAACGCUACCUAAUGCAAAAACAAAGCUUGCAGUAGCCUCGAGUAUACGCUGGAAAACGGAAGCGAAAAGUCGAGUGAGUUCACACGUUCUGUUAAUGAAAAUAUAAAAUGUUCAUUGAAAUAGCGUUCCGUUUUACUGCGACAAACCGCAUCCCUUGUUAGCAGCGACGCCCCCUGAAAACAUCGACUGUGGCAGUUUGCUGGAAAGUUACGCGUACCUCCAUUGUCCAUCCCACCGUUCUAACUUAUCCAACAGCGUACAUCAUCAACAUCAACAAAAACUAGUUCCGCUGCAUCGGCGGAUCCGCCAUCAUUCAGACGGGCCGUAUAUCCAAAAACCGCAUACUGCAGCUUCCGCCCCAUUGCAGUCCUGCAUCACCCGCAAUCGACCGGUCCUAACAACAGAGAGAAACAAGUGCAAUUUGUACCAGAUAGGAAGUGACUCGUUAUUGCAACUAAGACUAGGGUUGGACGCAUUGCUACUAAACUAAAUAUAUACCAGACGUUGUGCUCAAUUUAGUUCUGAACGCAAUCGGAAGCCGGUUCAAUUUGGGUGCAAGCUACUGGCAGAGAUAACCACCAACUCACUUGUGAUGAACAUCAAAAUGUUCCAAGUCUCGAUUAUCCAAAGCUAUAUUGUUGCCCUGCUAUUGGCAUCAGUCAAUGCAGCAGAGGAGAAGUGGUCCUGGUCAAAGAGUGGUGCAACCGACGUCGUCAGCAGCAACAGUAACAAUAACAACCUCAACCACAGGAAUCCUGGCAAGCUGAACGUGCGAAGCGAUGUUAUUGAGUUCCAGGAACCGAAGCGAUUUAACGAUGCCGCAUCUACCCACUCCAAUCGGAAUCAAGACAUCAGGCAAGGUCGAUAUGAAGUGAAGGAAUCCUCAACUCGAAGGCCAAACAGUAACCGGCCACUAAGUGAUGAGUUCUCUGGCGAAGUGAAUGGUAAUCGUCCUGAAGAUUUUGGCACAAACCAGCGUUUUGGUGGCUCAUAUGGAGGAGCUGGCUAUCCCGGGAAUCCAUACGGAGGAAAUCCUGCAUUUGGUGGAGGCAAUCCCGCGUUUGGUGGAGGUAAUCCAUUCAUUGGUGGACCAGGCGGAAUAGGGUUUCAACGACCUGGUUAUGGUGGUGGCUAUGGAGGAGGUGGUUUUGUAGGCGGCGGAUACGGUGGUGGAUAUGGUGCUGCCAAUGGCAUUCUAGUCGGCCCGGAAGGUCCAACCGGAAUCAUUGGACGUCCCUAUCAUGGUUUAAAUGGCGCAGGAUAUCCGAACACAGGGUAUGGACAAUAUGGUCAUAAUUUUCCUGGCAAUUACGGAGGGUAUGGAAACCCUUUGUACGGUAACCAGGGAGGAUUUGGUCGACCAGGGGGUUUUUAUCCUCAGACCGGAAUAGGUGGUUAUCCUGGAGGAGGAUUUUACGGAUCCCAAUCUCCCUACGGACCGGGUCAGCUGGGACCAGCACAGUUUGGUGCUGGUCAGUUUGGACCAGGUCUAGGAGCGAGACCUGGAGGUUUAGGACCUGUUGGUGGACCCUUUGGAGGAGGUGGCUUCGGACCACAAUUUGAUCAAGCAAAACAAUCCACCAAGAAAAUCGAAAAGAAAUCUGUUUGAGUUUUUUGUCUGUUACACCCAUUCGUUUCGUUAAAAUCAAUAUAAAUAUUUUUAUAACUUGUACUUACCGAUAGUUGUGAUGAUGAUUAUUGAGUA